UAUGUGUUUGAGCUGUGAGACCCUGUAGUUGGGGAUCAGCAUCAUGAUCACAGAGCGUUAUGCAUGGGAUGAGCGAGAGUCGAUGAUGCUUUGACUUUGAGGGAGAUGCUUGGUAUGGGGAUGGUGAGAGAUUGAGGAAGGGAUUUGUUUGAGGUUCGUGGUUGGCUUCAUGGAGAGAUGUUGUGUAUAAAGUGAAGGGAGAAGCGCGGCGAGAAGAGAAGUCUCAUCGCUCACAGCUUCACAUCUUCAAGCAUCACAAUAUCACAAUCACUACCAGUUUAGCAGCUAUCACCAGCCUCAUUAUCCUCUUCAGAAUAAAAAAAAACUCAAAAUGAGAUUCCUCAACCUCGCAGCCCUCGCAUCCGCCGUGGUCGCUCAAUCCGACCUCGCCAGCAUUCUCUCCUCCCAAUCCGACCUCUCCACCCUCGUCGAGCUCCUCGCUCUCGUCCCCGACAUCGCAGAGACUCUCGCAUCUGCCAGCAACAUCACCAUCUUUGCUCCCACCAACGAUGCAUUUGCCUCGGUCCCCCGAGACAUUCCUGAGGGAGAGGCUAUUUCCCAGCGCAACGACACCAUCGCUAUCGGUGCUCUGCUGUCAAACCAUGUCUUCAAGGGCUAUUAUCCUGCCAAGGUUGCGACGGACAUUCCUGUGUUUGUGCAGUCUCUGCUGGAUUCAAGCUUUGUCAAUUAUCGUCAGCCGUUUGGUAACUUUACUGGGGGUCAGUAUAAUGGUAUUGUGAAGGAUGGCGAUGAUGUCGUUGUCAUCUCUGGAGAAGAGACUCUGUCCUAUGUGACUGAAGCCGAUAUCAAGGUCGGUGACUCGGUCAUCAUCCACAAAGUCGACAAGCCUCUCAGUUUUGGUGCUCCUCUCCAACUCUUCACCCGCCGCGACAACCUCCUCAACUUCAACGCCGCUCUCAACGCAGCUGAUCUUCCCUACAACUUCGGCAACCUGGAUCGUGACUCCUCUACCCUUGUCAACAUCUCUGACUUCACCGUCUUCAUCCCCAACGACCCUGCUUUUGAGGCUAUUGGUUCAGUCCUCGAAGGCGCUGAUCUCAAGACUCUGCAGGAGGUGUUGAAAUACCACAUCGUGGAUGAUGUUCUCUUCUCUACUGAUCUAGCCAACGUCAGCGUUCCUAGUCUGCAGGGCGCUGAUUUGACGUUUACUGUUGCUGAGGAUGGAAGUGCUUGGGUGAAUGGUGCUAAGAUUCUCUUCACCAAUGUUCUUCUCUUCAACGGUGUCGCUCACGUUAUCGAUGGUACUGACGACAACAGUGUCCUCAACCCUGCCGACGAUCCCUUUGACCGUGCUGAUCUCAAGCCCGCCGCUGAAGCUGAUGACCGCCUUGCUUUCCCUGGCGCAACACCCGUCUCCAAGCUCCCUUUCUCAGUCAUCAGCUACGCCGACGACAGCCAGCCUACUUACACCACCCCCGAGCUCCUCAAGACACUCAAGGCCAUUGACGUCUCAGCUCUUGCUACUGCCACCGCUACCGCUGAUGCUACCACUGAUGCUGGAGAGACUACUCCCACUCCUACCGGAGUCACACCCGUUGUCAACGCCGCAAGCUCCAAACUUUUACCCCCCAAGAACAGGCUUCGCCCAUCGCUUUCAGUUAUUGUACCAUUUCUCGAACCCUCAAAUCAUAGAGGCGCAAUUUCUCAACUUCCUCUGGCCAGCAGAUUGAUAGCGGCACCAGCACGAAUUUGCCAGCAUUACCUGUCCGGAGGAAAGCCAUUUACUUCGUCUACGUUCAAGCUGCAGGAGCAGUCUCAGCCUAUCAACAUGGGCUCUAAAAUCAAGAAUCUAGAUGGCCUCAAGGACCAUCUUACUCAUGAUAAACUUGACGAGCUGCGGAAUUUCUGGUUUGAGCAUAUCCCCGAGAUGGCCGAUCGUAUCCUCGCUCCUCAAGAAUUACAAAAGAGAUGGUUCUUCUCAGACAAAGAGUUCGACAAUGUCUGCGUCACUCGAUUCAGCCCUAUACUAGAAGCCAUCCGCGGCGCGGGAGUUACAUCCGCGCAAGAGCUUCUGUCGGUUGCUCAGCCUCGGAACUCGCUAGACUGGUUGAGCCUGAUCAUUCUGCUCGACCAAAUUCCUCGCAACUCAUAUCGCGGCGAGAAAUCAUCCAUCUGCUUUACUUACUUCGACCCUAUCGCGCAGCAGGUAUCCCAUGAAGCCAUCAAGCAGGGCAUCCCAGAUAAGGCACCUGAGAUCCGCUGGGUCUUCUCCCACCGGAACUGGUUCUACAUGCCCUUGAUGCACUCAGAGGACAUAUCUGCACAUGUUAAGGCCGUUGCCGCUUUCGAUAAGAUGAAUCAGGAUAUACUGAGCUUGAUGGAGGGAACGGGUGGUGCAGACGAGUACGAGAGGAAGGCAAGGGAAGUGGUGCAGGCGGAUCCUGAAGCAGCGAAGUCAGUUGGUGAGACGAAUAAAGUGUUUGAGGAGAAGCAUAAAGUGAUUAUUGAGAGGUUUGGGAGAUAUCCACAUAGAAAUAAGGCACUUGGGAGGGAGGCGACGCCGGAGGAGGUGGAGUUUCUCGAGAGUGGGGGUGAUACUUUUGGUAGCUGAGAUGCCUGAUGCAUGCAUUGCAUAGCGGAUCAUUAUGAUCUGCACUAUUAACAAUGACCCCAUUGAGCUAAGAUGCCUGCCAUGUUGGUUCAGGUACGCUAUCAAAACAAUUGACGAUCAUAUUCGCGUAUCAACGAGGGGUACACACUGUAGUCGCGGACGGGGCAUUGAUGAGUUCAGAGGUAGGUACCAGGUACUAAGUUGAGGGUAAGUUCGGAAUAGACGCCUCGAUUUUUGGAAGAGUUUAGGAUACCUAAGGUUGAUCAAUAUGCGGACAACGGGACAAUUAACC